AUUUCGUUUUACUGUAAGAAUAUUUGAAAUCAACGGAGAGGUAGCUACUUUUGACAUCAGUCUCCUUGAUCCAUUCAGUAAUAGCUACGCAUCCUUAUCUACAUCGAUUCAACAGAGUAUGUACAACCUAUUUCAUCCUGCAACCAAGAGUGUGGUAACAACGACAAUUGUAUCUUAUGCAAAUGGGAGCAGUGCCUCUGGUGCAGACGGGAGUAUUUAUGCUGUUUAUGACGUGCAUUUCAACACAUCACGGACAUCAUUAGAUGUGCUAACAAUGCUUCAAGAAGAGUUGAUACGAAGCAACUAUCUUCUCAAUGCUGAUGGCAAUAAUAAUCUGUACUUAAGCCCAAGACCCCAGGAUGCUGCUGACGUGAAUGCAAUUGACGAAUGUUUGUUGGGAGAGGAUGAUUGUUCAGCUAAUGCAAGGUGUACUGAUCUGAACGAUGCCGGUGGGUUCAGCUGUGCUUGCGAUCCCGAAUAUGAAGACAUCCUUCCUGAGCUACCAGGGAGACUAUGCACCCUAAUUGUCACGAAUGGCACAAAUUCGACCGAUUUUACCACUACACUGCCCACCAACACUGUCUCGCCGUCAUCUUCUGCAUCACUCGAUGUAACCAGCGGCACAAAUGGGACUGAUUCCACCACUUCAGCGGUCAGCACCACUGUCUCAUCAUCGCAAACAAGUUCCACAUCACUAGAAACUUGGCAGAUUGUAGUAAUUUCGAUCGGAUGUCUAUCUGCAGGUCUCCUUCUUGCACUGUGUUGCUGCUGCCUAUUCUUAAUUCCUUUACGGCGUCGACGUUACAUGAAUCAGAAGCCAGAGGAAUCAAUGAUAUAUAACUACGCAAACCAUCAAAUGAUCGAGCCGGCUGCGUUCUUUGCCCGAAUAUACGAAGGAUCCUUAAAUGAAACAUCAGACUUCCCAAGCGUCCGAACAAGAAGUAGCAGACCAUUUUCAGAAUCCGUGGUUUCUAAUCCUAUAGCUGUAGCUGAACCGUUAUCAUCCCAUGAUCCUCUAGUGUAUGACGUCACUGAGAGGGAUUAUAUCACGGAGAGUGUGCGCCACUAUGCAGUUGAUCCAAGGGAGACGUCCAUAAGGGAAAGUUUUAAGCGGGUUCUAAAUGAUGUUUUAGCGAGGGGCCCUCCGGAUCAGAGAGGCCCGCGUGCCAGGGUUCCCGAUCAUUUAGCGGCAUUCUUGGAGGAAAGUAGAUCAUCACCAAUAAACGAUGGAAUUAUCAACAAUACCUUCGAUGAUGUCGAAUCACCGCCACAGGGUAGAAAACCAAUCACCCCGAAUAUGUUCUUUGCAAGAAUGAUUGAUGGUUCCGAGUCAUAACGGUUGCAGCACGCAUUGAGCUACAUGUAUGUGGAACAUGAUGCGAAGGAAAUGUAUUAUUUAAACAUGUGAAAAUAAAUUGUUCGUUUUAAAAUGGCUGAGUAGAAUGAAGGGAAAAUGUAGCUUCUCGAAUUUUAUCGUAAUAACAACAGAUACCUCAUCUAUCUGAUGUGUUGGAAUAAUGAAAAAUAAAAUCGAUAUUAUAGUACUAGAAACAUGUAAAAUUAUCCUAAAUUCUUAUUUCAUUUUCUUUAAGAUACAUGUAUCAUGUAAGCUGUAUAAAAAUAUGUAUUAUAUAAAUUUCCCUAUUUAUUCGGACUUGAAUUUUUUUGUUUUUGCUUUGUUAUUAAACAAACAGGGUAGUUGCGUCUGUCCUCAAUAGUACGAUUAAUAUUAUGUGAUCUAUGUUAGAAAAAAAGUAUGUAUAUUACUUCUUACGCAGAAUACCGUUUCGUUAAUAUUUUUUUCAUAUCACACUAUGUUUAAAUAUGUCAUAUAUUGCGUUUUCCAUGAAGUUGAAAUAAUAUUGAUCACAUAAAUUACUACGAAUGCGAAAUUGAAGAAAUAAUUAUGCAUGUGGUAUCUAUGAAAACGCAGUAAGUAAAAUGCAAAAUUAAAAGAAACAUCGAGAAUGUAAUGGAGCAGGAUGUUUGUUUUUCUUUUUAAGAAACCUUUUUCGUGUUUAAAUGGGUUUAUUUUGGUUGAUUUUAAAAGCUGCGAAAGGACCUGUCGAAUUCUGUUUCAGUACUAUAGACACGAAAUAUCUUGGCUUUUUCGUAUGCCAACUUUCGACGUAGGGUGUGCGUU